AUUUUACAGAGAGGGGUCCCGGGGAGCUCCCUCCAAGUUCCAGAGGCGCCGCGGUCACCCCUGCAGGGCCCUGCCCAGACUUGCUGGAAGAGAAGGGUGGCGUGCCUUGGGUAGUUGGUCCCGGUCACAGGAAGAAACGCCUUUGCAGCGGGGUUAAUUGCUUCUAGUCUGAACCAUUUCCCCGCCGUACCACCCAGUGGUGCGGACUUUGCCUCCUGCUACCCUGUUGCCGAACCGAGUUGGAAUGGGAAAGUUUCUGGAGUUGUCAGUGGCGCUGCCCGCGGCCACCUAGGGCCGAGGUGCGGACGCUGGCGAGGAGCCCCCGCGGGUGGCCGGGGCAUGCGGCGCGGGGGCGCGGCUCGGUGACGCGGCGGGCGGGGACCGGGCGCGGGGGGCUGGCCGCGCGCUGUGCCGGCGAGGGCGCCGCGGGGACCGGGACGCGCGGCCGGCGCGCGGGACGCGGCCAUGGAAGACGCGGGAGCGGCUGGCCCGGGGCCGGAGCCGGAGCCCGAGCCCACGCCGGAGCCCGAGCCGGCGCGGGAGCCCGAGCCGGACGCUGGCACCUCCGAGGCUUUCUCCCGACUCUGGACCGACGUGAUGGGCAUCCUGGACGGCUCACUGGGAAACAUCGAUGACCUGGCACAGCAGUAUGCAGAUUAUUACAACACCUGCUUCUCUGACGUGUGUGAGAGGAUGGAGGAGCUGCGGAAACGGCGGGUUUCCCAGGACCUGGAUGUGGAGAAACCCGAUGCCAGUCCCACGUCACUUCAGCUGCGGUCCCAGAUUGAAGAGUCCCUUGGCUUCUGUAGCGCCGUGUCAACACCAGAAGUGGAAAGAAAGAACCCUCUUCACAAAUCAAAUUCAGAAGACGGCUCUGUAGGAAAAGGAGAUUGGAAGAAGAAAAAUAAGUAUUUCUGGCAGAACUUCCGAAAGAACCAGAAAGGAAUAAUGAGACAGACUUCAAAAGGAGAAGAUGUCGGUUACGUUGCCAGUGAAAUAACCAUGAGUGAUGAAGAACGGAUCCAGCUAAUGAUGAUGGUCAAAGAAAAGAUGAUCACCAUCGAGGAGGCCCUGGCCAGGCUCAAGGAGUAUGAAGCCCAGCACCGGCACUCAGCUGCCCUGGGCGCUGCCGACUGGCCGGACGGUCCGUACCCGCUGUGUGACGGCUCAUCCAACUGCAAUUCAAGAGAACAAUCGGAUGAUGAGACCGAGGAGUCGGUGAAGUUUAAGAGGUUACACAAGCUGGUAAACUCCACUCGAAGAGUCCGAAAGAAACUAAUUAGGGUGGAAGAAAUGAAAAAACCCAGCACUGAAGGUGGGGAAGAGCACACGCUGGAAAGCCCCCCGGUCCCGGUCCUGGAGGAAAGGUCCGCCCUUUACUCUGGAGUGCACAAGAAGCCGUUUUUCCUUGAUGGCUCGCCUGAGAAACCUCCUGAAGAUGACUCCGACUCCCUCGCCACCUCUCCAUCGUCCAGCAGCCUGGAUACCUGGGGAGCCGGCCGGAAGUUGGUCAAAACCUUCAGCAAAGGAGAGAGUCGGGGCCUGAUUAAGCCCCCCAAGAAGAUGGGGACAUUCUUCUCCUACCCAGAAGAAGAAAAGGCCCAGAAGGUGUCCCGCUCCCUCACCGAGGGGGAGAUGAAGAAGGGUCUCGGGUCCCUGAGCCACGGGAGAACCUGUAGUUUUGGAGGGUUCGACUUGACAAAUCGUUCUCUGCACGUUGGCAGUAACAGUUCUGACCCGAUGGGUAAGGAAGGCGAUUUUGUGUACAAAGAAGUCAUCAAAUCGCCCACUGCCUCCCGCAUCUCUCUUGGGAAAAAGGUGAAAUCAGUGAAGGAGACAAUGAGGAAAAGAAUGUCUAAAAAAUACAGCAGCUCUGUCUCGGAGCAGGACUCUGGCCUUGAUGGAAUGCCGGGCUCCCCGCCGCCUUCACAGCCUGACCCGGAGCACAUGGACAAACCCAAGCUCAAAGCCGGGGGUUCUGUGGAAAGUCUUCGGAGUUCUCUGAGUGGCCAGAGCUCCAUGAGUGGCCAGACCGUAAGUACCACCGACUCCUCAACCAGCAACAGGGAAAGCGUCAAGUCAGAAGAUGGUGAUGAUGAAGAGCCGCCCUACCGGGGCCCCUUCUGUGGGCGCGCCCGGGUGCACACUGACUUCACCCCCAGCCCCUACGACACAGACUCGCUCAAGCUCAAGAAAGGAGAUAUCAUUGACAUAAUCAGCAAACCGCCCAUGGGUACCUGGAUGGGCCUGUUGAACAACAAAGUUGGUACCUUCAAGUUCAUCUACGUGGACGUGCUGAACGAUGAUGAGGAGAAGCCUAAGCGUCCUGCCCGGAGGAGAAGGAAAGGGAGACCCCCUCAGCCCAAGUCUGUGGAGGACCUCCUUGAUCGGAUUAACCUGAAGGAGCACAUGCCCACUUUCCUGUUCAAUGGAUAUGAAGACCUGGACACCUUUAAGCUGCUGGAAGAGGAAGACUUGGAUGAGCUAAAUAUCAGGGACCCAGAGCACAGAGCUGUGCUCUUGACAGCAGUGGAGCUGUUACAAGAAUAUGACAGUAACAGCGACCAGUCCGGAUCCCAGGAGAAGCUGCUUGUCGACGGCCAGGGCCUGAGCGGACGCUCCCCCCGAGACUCGGGGUGCUACGAAAGCAGUGAGAACUUGGAAAACGGCAAGACCCGGAAAACUAGCCUCCUGUCUGCCAAGUCGUCAGCCGAGUGCAGCUUAAAGCCUUUCAAGAGGAGCCAGCUGGGGAACUACCCGACGUUGCCUUUAACGAAGUCAGUGGGCGCCCUGAAGCAGGGAGGCGAGGAGGGCAGGCUGGGCGGUGGCCUCCGCCCGGACACAUCCAGGGGCUGUGACCCGCCAGGUGUGACUGGUUUGACUAAAAACCGCAGAAGCCUCCCGGUUUCUAUCUGCCGGAGCUGUGAGACCCUGGAGGACCCCCAGCCUGUGGAGAGUUGGCCCCGUUCGCAUUCCCUGGAUGACCUUCAAGGCGAGCCUGGUGCCGAACAGGAUGUGCCUAGUGAGGUGACCGGACCCUCCCCUCAGAUUGUACCUGAAGUGCCACAGAAGACAAGCACCUCUGCCACGAAGGUCCAGCCUCCUGCACGAGAUUCUGCUGUCGACAAUGCAUUGCUACUGACCCAAAGCAAGAGAUUUUCUGAACCUCAGAAAACGACCACUAGGAAACUGGAGGGCUCAAUAGCAGCCUCGUCACCUCCUCACUGUUUGCCCAGAAGCUAUGAUGCUCAACCUUCCGGAGUUAAACACACUUUCCUGAGUGUACCUCUUGAGGGUCACAGAAAAGGACAUGAUUUGGAAGGAACAUACCAUCCCCCCAGCACCAAAGAAGGGGUAGAGGCUGAGCAGAGGGGCCCUGAGGCCAGAACACAGCCAAAAAAUCCUUCACAGCCUCCACCUGUUCCUGCCAAAAAGAGCAGAGAACGCCUUGCCAAUGGACUACACCCUGCUCCUAUGGGCCCUGGUGGGACCCUCCCCAGUCCCGAUGCACCCUGCCUGCCAGCGAAAAAGGGCAGCCUUGCCAGCCCCACCAGCCCCAGUGACUGUCCACCAGCACCAGCCGCAAGGCCUUCCUCAGCACAGGAGCCUGGCAGCCCACCAAGCACAAGACCACCCCCGUGGCUCGCAGAGCUCCCGGAGAGCACCAGCCUGCAGGAGCAUGGUGUGAAGCUGGGCCCAGCCUUGACCAGGAAGGUCUCCUGUGCCCGGGGAGUGGACCUGGAAAUGCUCACUGAAAACAAGCUACAUGCUGAAGGCAUAGACCUCACCGAGGAGCCCUAUUCUGAUAAGCAUGGACGUUGUGGGAUUCCCGAAGCACUGGUACAGAGAUAUGCAGAGGACUUGGAUCAGCCCGAGAGGGACAUCGCCACCACCUUGGACCAGAUUCGGGUGAAGCUGCUUCGGAAGCAGCACCGCAUGGCGAUCCCCAGUGGUGGACUCACGGAAAUCUGCAGAAAGCCUGUCUCUCCUGGCUGCAUUUCGUCCCUGUCGGAUUGGCUCGUUUCCAUCGGUCUGCCCAUGUACAGCAGCCCCCUCUCUGCAGCGGGGGUCAGCACACUGAGCCAAGUGCCUUCUCUGUCCCACACUUGCCUUCAGGAGGCCGGCAUCACAGAGGAGAGACACAUACGAAAGCUCCUGUCCGCAGCCAGACUCUUCAAACUGCCGCCAGGCCCCGAGGCCAUGUAGCCAGGCCCUGCCUGGACAAGAGCCACCUUUCACUGUGCUUACGAUGCUGAUGCAAUUCCCCCAUCUCUGGACGCGCAGACCAGAUCCAGAAAAGAGGCCCAGCGUGCGGCCAAACAGAGCGCAGAAACUUGGCACAGGACUGAGGACCCUCUCCUCCAGAAAAGCCCCCUCAAGGAAAUUAGUGCGAUUCUCUUUGACCUUCAAAGAAAAGACAAGCACUUAUUUUUAUUUUUCAGAAUGCAGAAGAUGCCAGCUGGUCACAAACGCUGUGCCUCUAGUCUGUCUAUGUGCCCUGGCAGAGGCUGGGAAGAGGGAGGACAGCCUGUUCCAUUGUGAUAGUGCCCUUGCCCUUCUGUCCGUCACCCCGAGGACACCCGAGGGCCAGAUGGGCUUAGCUAGGCCAAAGGAACAGACUCGGGAAUUAUUGUACACUAUUGACCAUGCUCAUUUGUUCAAAUGUUAGAACAUCUGGCUGCACCAGGAAAGAAAAAAGUCCUAUUCUUCUUUAGAUAAACAAGAGACAUUUUAAUAAUUGCUUUCUAGCAAUCAGCUUUUAUUUGCCUUAAUCUAAGCUUUUAAGCAGUUAUCUAACUAGUGUCCACAACCCUGUAACCAUAGUUCCAGAUCUUCAGCUUAGACUGCCACCUCACAUCUGAAGAAGAAGGCUUUUCUACUGAUCCCAUUCUAACAUGGCUUAUUUCGUAGGGGUGUUUGUCAGGCACACAUUUCAUGUUGGCUUUUGGUUUUUAAACUAACUACAGAUCUAGGAAAAAGCUAUCAGAAAUUCACAAAGGUAUCGUGUGUGUGUGUGUGUGUGUGUGGUACUCGCCUUUGAUUCUAAUCGGUUAGUAUUGUUACCAUGUGGGUCAUUAUGCUGCAGUGUUGACUUGGAACCUUGACCUUUCCCGUUCCCAAAUUCAGUCAUCAGCCAACGGAUCACCUUUGCAAAGAGUCACUGUAAGACUGUAUAUUUCAGAAAGACGUGCUUACAAAGGGAAGUAGUUUAUAACAUGUUUUUAAAAAGCUUUUUCAGUUUUAUAAUUAAGAUACUGUUAUUCUUAUUUAGACACUUCUUUUAAUUCAAACAAAGGUUCCUUGUGGAGCCAGACAAACCACAUUAGCCAUGUGUUAAGUGUUUUCGUAUUUCAUUUGUUUUCCAACCUAUUUCAACACAUUCUUUUUUCCUUUAGGUUAGUGUCAGAUUUUCUAUCAGCAAAUUUAUACAAUAAAACUAUUAAGGUUUCCCUUGCUUAAAACAAAAUGAGUUUCUUCAGUCUUAUCGUGGGCACUAUUUUAAACACAAACGUGAUCAGUUAUACUAGAAAUACCUUGAACACAGGGCCUUGGUCAAAGUUCUGUAAUAUUUUACCUACUUAUUAAAACAAACGAUUUCCCAGGGGCUGGGGGAAGUGAUUUCAUUCAUUACAAAGCCAUGUGGAGUAUGUGCUUUAUCUCUGGAUCCAUAUUUCUAAGGGAAAGGACAUUCUCAGGUGAUGUGGGGUUUUCUUUUCCCAUGCUGUGGUAUGCAUUUUUUUAAAAAAAUAAUGUAUGUUUCUUCAAUAAUAUUCACCUUCUAUAAGAUGCCAUGUGAAGAAGUUGCGGAAACGUAGAACGGAAAGGUAAAGCUGCCAAAUUUCUAUUGAACUCUUAAAAACAACUCAGUUUUUGUCCUCUUGGGUUGUGGCCUGGCCCGUUUGAAAUGUCGUGAGGCUUAGGGUUCUCCUAAAACGAGAGUAGUCAGCAGAUUUCACACGCUGUGGUGGAGACCGGGGCUGUGAAGCAGGCUUCCCUCCCUGCUUUCUGAAUAUCUUGCUUGACGUUCUGAUGAGAUUCUGCUCAUUAUUUCAGCUGAGCAAAAAGCCUACACAAAAGUCACGUACAAGGUAACAGGUGGAGGAGAAAUCGUGUGUAGGUUUCCCACCUGUAGUUCAUCCUCGGCGUAGGGUUUCCAUUUAGGUAAAAGUAACCCCAGAAAAGGCAACUUUCUGGCGUUCUUGACAAUGCCAAACCCUAUUUUUUUUUAUCUUUAUUCUUUGGAAAUCAAUGCCUUUGCAAAGAAAAUCAAAUUCAGGGACCAUGAAUAAUUUUCAGUGGGAAUGUCUAAUCUGAGGGGGUCUGAGGGUGUAGCGUUGACUUUAUUUUUGUGGUUUAAAAAUAUAUAUAUUUUUUUUUUACUAUAUCUUUAGUGUUUGUUUGGUCUUCUUUUGCUUUAAACUUUUCAUUGGGUCUGAGAAAAGCCUGAAUGUUUGUGUGUGACAUUUGACCGAGGCGGUUCGGGGCCACCUGUGGACGUUGUUAAGCAGGUGGCUGGCUUCAGCAAUAGCCGGUUUUACUCAGUGGUAUUGGGUACAGAAUUUUGAGUGACAGUGAACAUUGUUGUCUUUGGAAAGCACAAAAGAAACCUGGAAAGGCAGUUUGGCUCAGGUAGCUACACAGAACAUUGUGUAUAGUUUUUAACUUCACAGCUGGCUGGAAGGAAGGAAGCAGCCGGCUCCAAGGAGUAUUUACAUUCCCACAUAACCAGGAAACAGACAUCUUUAAAAGGCCUUGCCUUAGUCAGAGGCCCUUUUCUCUGUCCUGAACCAAGGUGUGAGUGAAAUUGGAAACGAAUAGUCUAUUGGAAAUUGGUUCUUGAUACAGUAAAGUUAGCUUUCACAGCUGCAGCAAGAGGUCACCUGGCCAAGUCGCCGCUGCACGAGUGUACUGUGUUAUUUUCAGAAAAACAGAUAAUAGUCUGAGUCCAAAUGAUCUUUGAUUUGACAUUGAUAGAGAAAAGAAACUAUCGAGCAAGUUAUAUAACAACUAACAACAUUGCACUUUCUGUAUAUGAAAUCAAUAUUUAAAUAACUUAUUUUUCUCCAUUGCUGUUCUUAAACAUUGUAAGUAGCUGUAAUAUACCAGUACCAAUAUGUUCUUGCAAUUGCUUCAGCCCGAGAAAGCUGUGUAUUGUUUUAAAAAUUGUACAAAUUAUUGUGAUGAUUCAUUUAGCAAAAAGAAAGAUGGACAGAAGGGUUUCCCUAUGUAUCAAAACUUGUCUAUAAUUCUGUCAUCUAUGUACCUAGAAAAGAAAGUAAAUAAAUUCCUUCAGCUGAAUAUG